CAGUUCCCGUGCCAUUAAUUAAACACCUUUUAAAUUGUGAAUUGUUAUUUUCUUCUUUCAAGUGAAUGUGGCUCAGUUUAUUUUGUGAGUAUUCUAAGAGUAAUUUCAGAGUAUGAAAUUGCUGUAUGUCUCCGUUUUGUGGAGUUUUGUCUCUGUAAUAUGAUGUGGAUAUUGCCCAAUUCUGCUUGUAACAAGGGACUAGCAGUAAUGGAAUUAAACACGACCGAAUUUUUCACAACUUUCAUCGCUGCAGUUUCGACGUAUUAUCCAGAAGAUGUCGAUUUGAAUCGACGGCCCGUCAACUGGCCACAGGACCAAAUCCUUGACUCGUAUGAUUUCAUCAUAAUUGGAGCGGGAUCUGCUGGAUGUGUUCUGGCGAACAGACUGUCAGAGAUUUCAAACUGGAAAGUACUUUUGAUAGAGGAUGGCGGGCAGGAGACAGCCGUAUCAGACUCUCCUGCGCUAGCAGAUUUCAAUCAUAAUACAGAACUUGACUGGAACUACACUACUGUCAGUCAAUCAAGAGCAUGUUUAGCUCAAGAUGGUAACUGUGAGUAUCCAAGAGGUCAUGUGAUGGGCGGUUCGAGCACGAUAAAUGGAAUGAUGUAUGUUAGAGGCAGUUCUUUUGACUAUGACGAAUGGGAAGCCGAUGGAAACCCAGGUUGGGGAUAUAAGGAUGUUUUGCCGUAUUUCAUCAAGUCUGAGACAAUCAAUAUUCCCGAGCUCGUCGACUCUCCAUAUCAUGGAAAAAACGGUCCAAUGUCAGUGCAGCUGCCGUACUAUAAGACGCCAUUGUCACAAAUUUCGAUCACAGCCGCAGAAGAAUUUGGCAUUCCUUAUGGAGACUACAACGGGGAGAAUCAGAACAGGGUGAUGAGCGCGCAAGCUGAUAUUUUGGGCCCAUCAAGACAGAGUACUUCAAAAGGGUACCUAAACCCAGUGAGGAACAGGAAAAAUCUUCAUAUUGUAAUGAGAACAAGGGUUACUAAAAUUAUUAUAGAUCCAACAACUAAGACAGCAACAGGUGUGCAGUAUGUAAGAAAUGGGCAAAUCUAUCAAAUUAAUGCGAAGAAAGAAGUUAUCUGUUCUGCUGGGAGUAUUAACACACCUCAAAUAUUAAUGUUAUCUGGAAUAGGUCCUGCUGAAGAACUGAAAUCGUUAGGUAUUCCAGUCAUUGCAAAUCUGCCCGUUGGAAAGUACCUUAUGGAUCAUAAUCAAACCCCUCUAGUAUUUUUGAUUAAUCAAAAUAUUACUAUUACAGCAAGUGUUUAUAAGACUGAAGAAUCAAUCUUGGAGUAUUCAAAAUACAGACAAGGCCCUUUGACCACAAGCGGUUUUGAUGCAGCUGGUUUUUACAACACUGCCAAAGACCUACAGAGUCCAUCUGAUCUAGCUUUCCUAUUUUCUAGCUAUCUCCCAAAAUCAAACAAUCAAAAUCUUCCCCUGGUAAUGGCCCAUGUUUUCAACACAAAGCCACUAAGCGUUGGGAGCGUGACGAUAAAUUCAACAGAUCCUUUUGACGGACCUCUAGUUGAUCCAAAUUAUUUCGGAAACCUGAAAGAUUUUCAGGUGACGCUGAAAGGUUUGAAAAUGAUUUUGGAAAUUACCAAUACAACAGCUAUGAGGCAGCUGUCACCCCAAUUGUACAAGGACUUCUAUCCAAACUGCAAAUCUAUAGAUGACAUGAACCAAUUGUUAGUGUGCAUCAUCCAAGAAUAUUCUCUUCCAAUAUACCACCCUGUUGGAACCGCAAGGAUGGGACCAGAUCCAAAAACAUCUGUUAUAAAUUCCAACUUGGCUGUACAUGGAGUGAAAAAACUGAGAGUUGUCGAUGCAUCCAUCAUGCCUAGAAUUGUUCGGGGAAAUACAAAUGCUCCUACAAUCAUGAUUGCAGAAAAGGCUUCUGAUUUAAUAAAAAUCAAUUUCCUAAAAAAAAAGAAACUCAUAAACUUAUUGAAUUUGUUGAAAUAUAGAUAUAUAUUAUAGAAUUGCAAAGUGUAUUGUCUCAAAUUUUUAUCCUCUAGUAAUAAGUACUAAGUACAAUAUUAUGCAGCAACAAUUCUGCAUGACACAGAAACUCCUGUAAGUCAGUCCAGCCAAAAUUAUUAAACAAAUUUAUGUUGGGAAGGUAAAACUCCUGACCUGUAAUGACUAACAAAUUAAAAGAAAUAAAAUGUUCAGGCAAACCAUGGGCCAUGUAGUUUUUGGACAAAAACAAAGGACAGCGAUGACCUGAUUUUGAAUUGGCCAAACCGUACUACUUCAUGAGCAUCUCCUAACUAAUAAAAGCCUUGGAGAUUUCUUAUGUGUAGCACCCAAAAACUGGAAAAACAAUUGGCACUGCACAGAACAAGGUGUGGCUUGCCCAUGAAUCUCAAAGAUGUUCUAAAAAUUGAGGCAGCAAAAAUUUGAACGGAUGCAUGAAGCAAAUAAAUGCAAAUGGUUGCAUUUGAUGGCCUUACACACAGUUUUUUUUACCAUCUAGAAUGAAUGUAUUUAUUAGCAAGAAUUUUUGCGUUAACAUGUGGGAAUAUAGAGUAGAGACUCAUCAAAGUAGGUUAGUUAUUUUAUUUAAGUGGAGAAAAUUCGAAGUGCUGGAGCUAUGGCAGCUAGCCAGUAAGGUGAAAAAGUGCUUCGUUAAAGAAUUUGCCUUAAAGGCCUAAAAAAUCUUAAAAUUUCAAUAUUUUUCCCUUACUUUUCUCAUGAAGAUUUACAAUAUCCACAGAAAUUGUCUGUGUUCAGUCUUCAUAUUCCACCAUCGAAUAUAAAUUAAUUAAUUGAAUAAAACUAAUAAAAUCACAAAUGUCAUUGUAUCAUUUUGUAAUUCUUAUCACUAAUAUUUAUAUUCACCAUCCAAUUGAUGCUACAAAAUUGAUUAAACCUAGCUGACUGAUUUAGUUUUUGGUGAAUCAAUAAACGUGAUUAAAUAAGAGAAAGAAAGUACCAAUAAUAUUUUAAUUUUCAACUUAUGCUUGAAUCAUAAAUUUCUACCUCAAAAAUACUGUCUAAAGACCUGGACAAAUAUAAUUGAAUUAAAAUUUCAUCGGAUUUGUUUUAGGAUAU